UAUAGCGUUCAACAGUUCAGUUUGUGGUACCAAGAACCAGAAAAUACGUUAAAAUUUAAAAUAACAAUAAGAAUUUAUUAUUCAAGUAACAAGCUGUAAAAAUUCUGUUAAAACAAAGUAAUAAUGGGUGAUCAAGAUAAUAAUAGUUCAAUAAUGCCAGCACAGGCACUUAUUUUUAAAACAGCCAUUUCAAAUGUUAUAAAAAAUAUUGUUGAAUCAGUGAGUGAUGAGGAAUUCAAGGAGUACUUUAGUUUUUUAAAUAUGAAAUCAACGACUUCAAAAAGAUUGUAUGACGCUUUAGUGAACGAUUUACACAAAGAAAUGAAUUUAGAUUUAGAUUCAAUAGUAACAGAAGAUAAUUUAGUUGAUGGUAUCACCGAAAUUACGAGGCUGACAGAAAUAUGCACACAAAAACCAAACACACCGGCAUGGAGACCUCCUGGUGAAGUAAAGAAACAUCUCAGGACUUUUGACAUGAUUCAAAUGCAGAACGAGUAUGAGAAAUUACGAAAAAUAGCUGAGGAAGUUAAAACUGAAAAGGAUUCCCUGUUGAAAGAAGUAACCCAGAGAAGAGAGAUGACUAGAAAAGUAGAAAAAAAUAUAGAUGAAAGCAUUCAAUCUGGAUUGUCUACAAUAGCUCAGAUGAAAAGAAGUGCUGAUUUAUUAAGAGAAUGUCACAGUCUUGUUGAUAAUUUAUAAUUACUCAAUUACCUUAAAUGAAUACAUAUACAUAUAUUUUUUCUACUCUAACUCAAUGUACAUAUUUUUAUAUUUGUAUAUGCCUAGUAG